AUGAGUCAAAGAACAUAUUUUAAUUGGUUGUUGUGUAAAUAUUUCUGUGUGAAUAUAAUUGUAAUUAUAUUUAUAAUAUUAAUAAUUUGUAGUACUGAUGAAUAUGAAAAAUCAGAAGUUCUUUUAAGAGAUACUUAUGCAAGAAAUUUAAGCGAAUGUAAAUUUUCAUCAUCUGAAGAAAGCUUAUAUGUUAAAAGAUCGCCAUUUGGAUGUUUUUAUUUAUUUUAUCUUAUGAUUUCAAGAAGGUUACCUAAAAUAAAGAGGAUUAAUAGUAAAUGUAAGGAUAAUAAUAAGGAUAUAGUUUCUUUGGAUGAGCUCAGACAUGUAUCGGAUAUAUCAGAUAAAAAGGAAAUAGAGAAAAUAUUUGAGAAAUCUUACGAAAUGAAUGAGUGUAAUAUAUUUACCAUGAAUGAAGAAUUUUUUGGAGAUUUAUGUGAUGAUGAGAUGUGUAAAAAAUAUUGCCUUUAUCCAUAUGAUAAUAUAAAUAGUGAUAAAUAUAUGAAUCAAGAAGAUCGAGAAAUAAGGAAAGAACUCGAUGCGCUUAUAAAAUACGGAUAUUCUGAUAAAAUGCUAAUGUAUAAAAUCUGGUGUAGAGUUAUGAAAAAUGAGGAAGAAAAAUAUUAUUUAGUAAAAGAAGAACUACAUAAUUUUUAUGAAAAUUUACCAAAAAGUAAAUUUGUACCAUUGGAUAUUUCGAAUAGAUUAUGGUGUAGUUGUAAUGAUAUAAUUUUUAUGAACGGAAUAAAUAAUGAGCCAUAUAUUGAUGGAAUAUUUGAAAUAUGGUUCAACAAUACUGAAACGAACAUUCGAGAAUAUAAAAUUUUUUUAGAUGCAACUAAAUUAUCAUGGAGAAAAUUAAAGGAAGAUAUAUUAAAUUCAUGUAAAGAAAUUAUGAUGGAUGGUGUAGAUAAUUUUAUGAAUACAUAUGUGAAGUUGAAUGAAAAUUUAAAAAGUGAGGAAUAUAUUGAUGGUGAGAAUAAUGAUAUAAAGGUAGAAAAUAUUGAACAAGAAGAAGAAAAAAAAAAAGAAGAUGAGAAAGGAGUAAAAAUGGAAAAUGAAAUGAAAUCAGAUUAUGAAAAAGUACAAGAGGAUAAUAAUAAAAUAAAAAAUAAGUGUAGGGGGAAAACAGGAAAGAAAUAUAAGGGAAAGGUAAAAAAUGUGGAUAAGGAUGAUCAAAAAUUAUUAAGUCAAAAAAAAAAAGAAGGAUUAACAAUAAAUGAAAGGGAAAAUAAAAAAAAAAAAAAAAUGACUUGA